AUGGCGGGGGGCCAUGGCGGCUCUACCUCUUCUGACAAUGAUGUGGAAUUUUGCACACUAGGCAUGUUCAUCCUUGAUGACAUUGACUUCGGGGGCACUAGACCUGAUGUCAAAAACAUCAUCGGGGGCGCUGCGUCUUUCGCGGUUAUUGGUGCACGUCUAGUUGCUGGUAAGGACCAUUCUCGCUCUGUCAGCUGGAUUGUCGAUGUUGGCUCCGACUUCCCCUCGCCCGUCCUAGAUGUUAUCAACACCUGGGAUACAGGUUGUGUGAUAAGAGAAGAUAAAAGCCGACUUACUACAAGGGCUUGGAAUGGUUACGGUCCAAAUGAGAAGCGGGACUUCAAAUAUUUAACUCCCAAGUUACGAUUGGAACCUUGCAUGCUAUCUGAUUCGCAGGUAUUCUCGAGGACCUUUCAUAUGGUCUGCUCUGCGGGACGUUGCGUGUCUAUAGUGCAAAAUAUCCUACAGCGCCGAGAAGAACUGCAACGAGAAGGCAAAGCCCCUCCCAGUAGCCACGCGUCGGGGAGGCCUUUCUUUGUCUGGGAACCUGUACCCGAUCUCUGUACCCCAGAAGAGCAAGAAAGAUUUUUUGCUGCAAACCGGAUAGUAGAUGUGGUGAGCCCCAACGAGCUCGAAUUGGGAAUGAUGUUUGGACAACCGGGCUGGGAUGAGGAGAGCGAUUUCGGGAAGGACAUUGUAAGACGCAUUCUUGAUUCAGGUAUUGGUCCAAAUGGAACUGGGCAUUUGGUUAUCAGAGCAGGGAAAGAUGGGAGCUAUACAUUCUCCAGGGGGCACAGGAUCUGGCUGCCUGCCUAUCAUCAACCAGAUUUCUCGGGGGCUACGGCAGUGGUUGAUCCAACUGGCGCAGGUAAUUCCUUUUUGGGGGCACUCGCCCAAGGAAUGGUGACAGCUGAUAGGUUCCCGGCCAAGAUCGUAAGCUCAGAGCUUGCAGAGUCUGCCGUCUGGAAAAGAUCUUUGGAAGUUUUGGGGGAACGAAGUUAUAUGCUGUCUUCCUUGAUUUUCGCCACUGUUGCAGCGGGCUUCGUGGUGGAGCAAAUUGGAGUGCCUCAUCUGUCUACGACUAGGUAUGAGAAGGAACUUUGGAACGGAACUGAAUUCACGGAACGGGUCCGUCUGUACACGCAGCGAUUGUAUCGGACAUUCGAAAAGACUCCCCAGAAGCACUUGCAGAUCAAUUGA